ACUGUAUCAUUUUGUGUUGUUGGGUCAAAGGAAAACACGGAAGUGGCCAAGAAUACUAAAAUAUUGUCGAUUAUUUAAUAAAUACUAACAAAUCUAACAUGUCAGGAGAGCGCCAACCACUUUCACCAGCUGAAGCAAGAGAACUAGGUGAGCAGAGGGAGUCUUGGUGUGCGGUGGAGAUGAAAAAAGAACAAAGCUGGUGUCGGAAAGAGCGAAAACAUUCAGAUGAAAUUUUGGGAAGCACUGCCUUUGACAUUCAUAGACCAGAAUUCGAACCCAGAUGUACAUUUCAAGUCAAUGCCCCAACACAUCGAGAACGGAAGCACUUCAGUGAUAAACAAUUUCAUAGCCAGAUUAACAUCUAAAGAGCGCCUUUAACAACAUCAGAUGCCAGACAACUUGACCAAAAAUGGAAACAGAGAUCAAGAAAAAACAGAAAGAAACUUCAUUUCAUCAAAAAAAGGGAGAUGAAAGCUACAUUUCAUAUUUAUAAAUUCAUUUUUAAGAAUAAAAUGACAAACAUCUAAUAAUAGUAUUCCAUGGUGUAUUUUCAAAAAAUGUUGAGCAUAAAUGUUUUAAUUACCUAUCAAGUACAUCUUCUUUGAAAGUUUUAAUUGAUCAUUUAAACAUCACUUAAAGACAUGUGUAUUUAUUUACCACAAUGUUGUCCGGUAUUUUUUAUACUCUAACUUUUGCAUAAUCUAAGAUAUAAUUCUUUUCACAUGUAAGAAUGGUCAAACCUCUUUGGUUUCUGCUUUGGAUUGCAUGAACAUGUUCAAUGAAUUCUUUACUAAUGAUUUUGUGCUUGUUAAUUAAGAUCAAACAUUUAGAAGUCUAAAUUUAAGGUUCUUUUUUUAAUCCAAAUUGUGAUAUCAAUUUUGCUGAUAUAAGGGUUGUCAGUAUUUAUAUACUUCAAAUAACUUUUGAUACCAUGUAUGAUUAUUCUUAGAACCUAUAGAACCUCACAUUGUAUGACUCAUUUUAAACAUUUAAUAUGAAGAUUAUGAUUUACAAUUUAACAUUUAUUAUUUCCUAAAGAAAAGGGUUUUGAAUGUUUUAAUUGCGAAGAAGGACAGAUAUGAUAUAGGAUUUAUUUACCCCUAUAUUUGGUGAUAAGUUACACAAUUCUUGCUCAGUGCCCUUGUACCUUUCAGUAUUAUCUUGUCAUAAUAACAAACUAUAUUGUUUUAACCAAGUAUUAUCAUCACAUAAUAUGCAUUAUAUUUAUAAUACUGUUCCUAAUGUACUAAAAAUGUUUGUUGGCUCGUCAACAAAUAGUUAAAAAAAUACAUUUAUUUAUUUUGUAUUUAUUCUCAGUAUUAUAUUAAAUGUAUAUUAACAAUUGAAAUGCAAUGCUAUCUCAGUAUUAUUGAAUUGUUAACGAGACAAAAUUAUUUACGACACUACCAUAUGUUAUUAUUAUAUUAUCCAAAAAGAAUGUAAUAAAUUUCUAA